UCAGUCGCACACAUUUAUACACAUGCGGGUGGACGGCGGAUUCUGAAAUCUCCGUGAAGAUGGUGGUAGCGGGGCCGUUUUUUUAACUGUGCUUGGAUAGCUCACAUACCGCUUUACAGCGGUAUCCAUUGUGCCUCUUCUGGAAAGAAAGACCGGCGAAUGGCCAGACAACCGGGAAUAGAAGAACAUCUCAAAGGGAUAGAGAGGAUCGGACGGGAAGUGCGUUUAAAUAACUAAACCCGCAAAUCUGCCUUGAAUACAAUUGAAGUAUUUGGACAGAAGAAACAGACGCCUGCUUCUUCAUGCAAUUGUGUUAAAGUGGGGGAUCAAGGAGCCGCUUGUCUGUUCAGGGAGGACUCGGUGUCCGGGGGAUACGAGGAGGGGAGAAAGCUGGUAAUUAGCCCAUAUUCUCCACUUGCUAUUCGUCUGCGACUCAAUGGGAAGAAUAGUGGCGUGGGAAAAGUUUCCAUCAAACGAGCAAAGGAGGACGGAAAGGGGCUACAUACAACCAAGACUGGCUUCCGCCGUGGCCCUGUAUGGAUGGCAGACUGAAGUUUACUGACAAUUCAAUUGCCGGUCACUCGUGGAAUUAUGGGAGAAAUCAGUGCCAGUUAUCAGGAAAUUAAAAUAAAUGUUAUGUUGACUUGACUGUUCUUGUAUAAUCAAAACAAUAUUUACUCAACACAGACUGAGCAUGGCCUGGAUCUAAUAAAAUUAAAAAGCAACAUGGCAUCCCCCCAACAUCAGCAGCUGCUGCCUCACAACACAGAGGUGAGCUGUGACUCAAGCGGCGAGGGCAGCGUCUCCGUGAGGAUCAGCAGUAGUGUCAAACACAAGCACGGAGGAGGAGCCGGGGCGCUGGGUGGCAUGGGAGGAGGCUUCAUGGGGAGUGGGUCCAAACACUGCAAGUACAGCAUCUCCUCCAGCUGCAGCUCGGGAGAGUCCGGGGUCCUCAGGCCCGUGGUUAAGGGGCUGCGAACCCAGAGGAAGAUGCCCCAGCUGUUCGAAAGGUCUGCUGGGCACUUCUGGGACCCAAAGUUUGACUCUCCCAUCCUGGAGGAGGCAUGCAGGGAGAGGUGCUUUCCCCAGACUCAGCGGAGGUUCCGCUACGUCCUCUUCUACCUGUUCGCCGCCAGCCUCCUCUGGGGGGUGUACUUCAGUGCCAACCCCGACCGGUGUGACCGAACUGCCUUCCUCGUCCCCACCGCCUGCUUCCUCCUCUUCUGCCUCCUCCUCUUCCUUUUGACGUUCACAAGGAUCUACGUCCGCUGCUACAACCAGGCGUCGCUGCUGCUCAUCGUGGUGACCUUUGCCCUCACCCUGGCACCCCAGAUCCAGACAGCCGGCUUCAGAGACCUGGAGACCCUCCCUCCUGAGGAUGUGGUGGAGGAUGCGGGGGACUUCAGUGGCAUGGAGCCCAGAAAUGUGACCUUCAACCGGGACUUACCCACGGGCAGCGCCUGCCUAUCUCCAGUAGGGACCUUCUCCCUGGGCAUGGAGGUGCUGCUGCUACUCUACAGCGUCCUCCAUGUCCGACUCUAUGCCUCGGUGCUACUGGGACUUCUCUACUCUGUGCUCUUUGAGGCUCUGGGAUGGCUUCACCUCACCCAGGCUGCUGGGGAUGGUUGGAGCCAGGCCUUGGAGGGGUCUGACUGGGACACUCUACGCUGGCUGGGGCCAGCCAAAGCUUUGCUCCACCUGUGCGCCCAUGCCAUCGGCAUCCACCUUUUCAUCAUGUCUGAGGUGCGAUCGCGAAGUACCUUCCUCAAGGUGGGCCAGGCCAUCAUGCACGGCAAGGACCUGGAGGUGGAGAAGGCGCUGAAAGAACGCAUGAUCCACUCUGUGAUGCCUCGGAGGGUGGCCGACGACCUGAUGAAGCAGGGCGACGAGGAAGGCUUGGCGGGCGGGAGCUCGGCCAAGCGCUACUCCAGCAGCGGCGCGGCGGCCGUCAUCUCCAGUCCCAAGAACAACAAGAGGAAUAAGACCUCAAUCCCGAGAGGCCAGAUCAUCUUCAGACCCUUCAACAUGAAGCGCAUGGAGCCCGUCAGCAUCCUCUUCGCGGAUAUCGUAGGCUUCACCAAGAUGUCUGCCAACAAGUCGGCCCACGCCUUGGUGGGGCUCCUCAAUGACCUCUUUGGACGUUUUGACCGGCUGUGUGAGCUGACGUGCUGUGAGAAGAUAAGCACCCUCGGGGACUGCUACUACUGCGUGGCAGGCUGCCCUGAGCCUCGGGCUGACCAUGCCUACUGCUGCAUAGAGAUGGGUCUGGGCAUGAUCCAAGCCAUCGAACAGUUCUGCCAGGAGAAGAGCGAGAUGGUUAACAUGAGGGUGGGCGUCCACACGGGCACUGUCCUGUGCGGUAUCCUCGGGAUGAAGCGAUUUAAGUUCGACGUGUGGUCCAACGACGUGAACCUGGCCAAUUUGAUGGAGCAACUGGGCGUGGCCGGGAAGGUGCACCUAUCAGAGGCCACCGCCAACUUUUUGGAUGACCGGUACCAGCGGGAGAACGGACGGGUCACGGAGAGGGUUGGACAGAGCGUGGUGGCGGACCAGCUGAAAGGAUUGAAGACCUACCUGAUCUCAGGGAGGAAGGUGGAGCCGUGCCACUGUAGCUGUUCCCAGCUGGGCCUGGUUGGCCUGGAGCCUGGGGGGGACACCCGCUGUCCCACACCCCGUGCCCACACCCCAGAUGGAGCCCCCAGAGCCCCCUCAGCCUGUGGCCUACCCCAGAGAGGGGCUCCCGACAGGGCCAAGUCUCAUUGUCUCUCCUGCAGUGCGGCUGUAGUUCCAAAGGAGGAUCAGGUUCUGGAGAAGGGCACGGUGCAGAACGGUUGCCAUGACGAUCACACGACCAAUAGCAGCAAGGACACGUCAUCUCUCAAAUGUCCCUCCCAGGCCCCCUUAGGCUGCAGCCCUAAGGCCCUGAACGGUCUGCUGAGCCCCAGGCUGGAGGAGCCCCUGACCAACAGCCAGACGUCCCUGUGUGAGAUGCUCCAGGAGAAGGAGAAGAAGUGGGGUGGAGGGGCCAUGGGGAUGGACCACUCUGCUCUCAUCCCCCUGCGCUCCAAGAACUUCAGAGAGAGGAGCGACGCUCACUUUGUGGAUGUUAUCAAAGAGGACAGUCUGAUGAAGGACUAUUUUUUCAAGCCUCCCAUCAACAAGCUGAGCCACACCUUCCUGGACAGAACCCUGGAGUCUGCCUACAGGACCAGCUACCAGGAAGAGGUGGAGACCCAGGCAGCGGUACAGACCUUUGCCAGCCCUACCUUCAGCUCUUUCCUGGACAUGGUCCUGUGUUGCUCAGUGUUCCUGGCCCUCUCCCUGGCCUGCCUCCUCCGGCCCCUGCUCUCCCUCCCUGGGGCCCCCCUGCCUGCCCCGGCCCUCACCCUGGUUGCCGUGGCCACCCUGCUGGAGGCCCUGGCGCUGGUGCUGUCUAUACGGUAA